AUGCUGGGGAUCGUCUUAUGUGGGAAAGGUGGGGAACCCGACGAGAAAGAUAUGUGCGACUCAAGACCUGCGCCUAUCGCCAUUAUAGGCGGCGGUCCAUGUGGUCUGACCUUUGCACGGCUGCUAGAGCGCGCGGGUUUCGACUAUAUCGUCUUUGACCGGGACGCAUCGCCAGAGCAGACGCCGCAGUCCCAAGGUGGCACACUCGACUUGACCAGUGACGGGGGGACAAGCGGCGCUUCGUCGUGCGGACUUGACUGCUGA